AUGGCGCCGUCAAUACCAACCUCAACAGCUGAGCUGCCCUCGGUCGAGACAGUGAAAGAGGAGGUCAAAGAGACUGCCAAAUCAGCCACCUCCUCCCUCCGAGACCUCGCAGCCGGCGGUGUCGGAGGCGUCUGCGCCGUCAUCGUCGGCCAUCCAUUCGACUUGUGCAAAGUGAGGUUACAGACCGCCGAGAAAGGUGUAUACAAUGGUGCUAUAGACUGUUUGAAGAAGGGCAUAGCCCGGGAGGGCUUACGCAAAGGUCUAUAUGCUGGCGUGAGCGCGCCGCUGGUUGGUGUGACGCCUAUGUUCGCUGUCAGCUUCUGGGGCUACGGUGUGGGAAAGAAGCUCGUGGAGUCAGCCACCGAGGUGGAAUACAAGAACGGCACACCACAAUAUACGAUCGGUCAGGUAUCGGCGGCUGGAUUCUUCUCUGCCAUUCCGAUGACACUCAUCACCGCGCCCUUCGAGCGUGUCAAGGUGCUGCUGCAGAUACAAGGUCAGAAAGAGCUCAAGCCCGGUGAGAAGCCCAAGUACUCGGGCGGUCUGGACGUUGUACGCCAGCUCUACAAAGAAGGUGGAAUUCGUUCGGUCUUUCGAGGCAGCGCCAUGACUCUAGCUCGCGACGGACCAGGAUCCGCGGCAUACUUUGCGACCUACGAGUACAUAAAGCGAUCACUAUCACCUAAAGACGCCGACGGAAACGCAACGGGCGACUUGUCACUCACCGCCGUCAUGGCCGCAGGUGGCACUGCCGGUAUCGCUAUGUGGAUCCCGGUCUUCCCAGUCGACACGAUCAAGAGCAGACUACAAAGUGCGGAAGGCAGCCCUACAAUGUCAGGAGUCAUCAAGGGCGUCUACAGAAGCGGUGGGAUAAAAGCCUUCUUCCCUGGCUUUGGUCCUGCUCUGGCUAGGGCAGUGCCGGCCAAUGCAGCGACAUUUCUAGGCGUCGAGCUGGCACACAAGUUCAUGAAUCAGACUCUUGGCUAG